AUGAUGGUAGUUUCGGUGUUUGGUUGGUCUUUGGAAGUGUUGUUACCGAAGGCGGGAGUAGGAGAGACGGUAGUCGUCGUCGUCGUCGUCGUCGUCGCGGACGUUGUUCAUAUCGACGACGUCGAUUGCGGCGGCGGAGCAUCAGUUGCAAGGAAGAUGGUCGUUGUGGUGGUUGUCGUAAAGGUGAGGAUGGGGCCGUUUUUGAAGGCAGCAGGUGAAUUCGCCUGGUCGUUGUUGCAUGAGUGUUGUCGAGAAUUCAUUGCAAGCAACAUCCCCUCCAUCGACUGCGCCAUCUGUUUCGAUGCGUUUCAGCGCGAAGAAGACGUCUACCGUUCGCGGUGUGAUCAUUUCUUCCACAAGGAAUGCAUUUUUACCUACCAUAUGAACUUGACUGAGGAAUAUUCUCGCGAUUUGGCGGAAAUUUUGUCCAAAAAUCCCCACUGUCCGCUGGAUUUCCGACCAAAAUUGAAAUUCCCCUGUCCGCUGUGCAAAACAAACCUGCCACAGGUCGUCCGUAUUUAG